AAGAAGAAGAAAUGGAGUCAGAUAUAUUAUUUGUGCAACGUUUGCGUGUUGUUGCAAAAACCAAGCUCAAUCCACCAAAGAGGCGCAUAAUAGAUGGCAUUGGCUUUGGUGAUCUCAUGAGGAUCGCACCAUUCACUGUCCAUAUGAACUGAUCGAGUGGAUUGUGAUGAACAUUGACCCUGAUACACGCACUGUUUUUCGAGUCAUCGAUGUGUCGUAACUGGAAGUCGACUCAUACACCUCGACUAGUCGAUCGGCAGGGCACGACUCGUCAAGAGUCGCUACCCCAGAAAGACUCGUCGACCUCAAAAACCUUGGAUACACGUGAGCUGAGGCUUAAUCAGAAGAAGUCAAUUGUAUUCACAAGAGACAUGGUGAAGAAAGUGUUUAAUGUCCCCUCAGGUAACAGACUGAUGGAGCUCUUGAAGAGACAUGAGCAAUGUGAUCUCCGCAACAUUUACCACAAGAAUGGGAGGGCUCCCAUUGCCCACACAACAAAGUGCUGCAUAGAGCGGGUAAUGAUGAUGCUCUCACCUUCUGAAGGCCUUGGGUGCUGUUAUCACUUGCAACAGUUUUAUGCCCGGGCACCGGCAAUAUGGUCCCCCUGGAGUGCCUAAAAAGCCUGAUAGAGAUGGACAAGGUUGCUGAGUUUGCCUGGGAUGAGCACAUUCUAAACUUUGCGAUGAAAGAAGUAAAGAAUUUCAAGGACAAUGCAAAGCUGCAGCCUUCCUCUCCAUUCUUGGUUGGCGGAUGCUUCCCUAUGCUAGCGGUUGUAUAUAUGGAUCUGGUUUUCCCUCCCCCUGGCAUAGAUGAGCAGAAAUUGAACCUCUCUCUGCCGAGAGCUUGCUUUGUGUUUGAUAAGGAUUUUGCUCUUGUGUUGGAAUACAACAAGAACAAGCUUUGGUUGGGCAAAGCCUCAUUCGGGAUGCGGCCUCUCCUCCUUUUGUCAGACACACCAUACGCAACAUUGAAUUCCCAAGGUGGUGGUGCUGCCAAUGCUCUGGAAACAGCUGUCGAAGAUACAGCGAGGGCUGAUGCAGAAAUGGGAGGGUCCGCCAAUGGCCCAGAGGUGGUUGUUGCUCAAGACCAUGCUGCUGCCAAUGGCCUGGACAUCUCUGGUACUCGAGACGAUGGGACUGCAAAUGAUCCUGUGGGAGAUAGCGUUCCGUAGGAAAAUGUCAAGAGUGUUGAUGAAGAGUUGUGCGGUUCACUAGACCAGUGGCUGAACAACCCAACACCAUUUGGUGUAGAGUUGGAGCUCCCACCACAUUUGGCUGCAAUCUAUGACAAGCACACCAAAACAUAUGUUGUAGAGCUCAAAGGCGCCCUAAAUUCUUUCGGGCAGGUGCUGCAAACAAUCCGUUGCAAGCGAACGGGGCAGCUCCUGUUAGAUGUUCAUGCUGCUUCUAGAAGUUCUCCACCAGAAUCAGAUGAACAGAACAAUAUCAUUUAUGAUAUUCCAAUAGCUCGCAGCGAUGGGGUAGGUAAGGUGGGGGAACGAGGUUGUAGUAAAGGUCCAAUCAGCAAGGAUGCAGAGAAGCCAUCAGUUGAUAAGGUGGACGAGCCAGUGGAAGGAGCUCGAAGCAAUGGGACAAAUGUCGCUAUUGUCUCAGACUUGCAAUCUGAAAGCAAGGUCGAUGAGCCAGCUGGCAGAGUGAAGCAAGCGAUUUUCUUCGAGAACGCAGAAGGGUAAGGUGCUCCCAUUGAGCAGAAUCAAGAUGGGCAUCAAACUAUCCCUCAGGAGCACUCCCUGUCUCCCACAAGGAAUGCAUUAUAUGAAGAUGUGUCAUCUUGCAGUUUGUUCCCCGGGGGAUGUGAAGUUUUUGAGUGGUGGAGCAGAAUCCCAGACAGGCCUACUCCCUCCAAUGUAGGGGAGUAGAGAGAGGAGGAACGGGGUUCUGAAUGGGACUGGCGGUGGGGAUCAACGUGGGCGUCGCACUCAUCCUCGCCUUUGGCCGAUGCAAGAGCUCCCGCUCCGCGCGUCGCCGGCAGCUGGUAAGCCCAGCGCCCCCCUCCACAGCGCCGGCCACAAAAAAAUUGAAUUGACGGGAUGCUCACG